AUGAAGAACAACAUUUGUCUUGAUGGGGUCGUGCGUCGUUUUGUUAUUUUGAAAAAUACGGAAAUAAACAGGAAGUUGUCCUGGUCGCGCGUGCUUCAUCCGUUCCAGGCUUCCAGCUUGAGCAGCAGGAUGGAUGACACCGAAGUUUGGCCAGAAAUAGAGAAAGCAGCGGCAGAAAAGAGGCGUGAAUUGGUUCUACACGGCCCCGCCAUAGACCAGAGGAUCUCCUCCAACCAGGGACUCAGCUCCUCCAUUUACUCUUUACAGCUGCUCAACUACCUGGAGGUGAGCCAGUGUCCGAGUCUGACGGAGAUCCACGCGGACAUCCAGCUCCUGACGAACCUCCAGAGCCUCAUCCUGUGCCGGAACAAGCUCGCCUCCAUCCCGCACGUCAUCGGCCGCCUCAAGUCGCUGAAGGUCCUGGACGUUUCGGUCAACAACCUCACGGCGGUUCCGGAGGAGAUCAGCCAGCUGCCGGAGCUGACGACCCUGAACGUCAGCUGCAACAGCCUGGAGCUUCUGCCGGAGGGGCUCAGCCGAUGCUCCAAACUCUCCACCAUCAACGUCUCCAAGAACCGCCUCACCGCCUUCCCCCCGGACCUCUUCUCCGAGGGCCUGGACCUGCUCAGCACCCUGGUGGCUUCUGACAACUGCAUCCAGGAGCUGAGAGGAGACAUCCAGCAGCUCGCUGCUCUGAAGGUUCUGGACCUCGCUAACAACAAGCUAAAUGAAAUCCCCUGGAAUCUGAGUGACUGCCCCAAACUAAAGGAGAUCAACUUCAGAGGCAACAAGCUGAGUGACAAACGCCUGGAGAAGAUGGUCAACGGCUGCCAGACCAAGUCCAUCCUGGAGUACCUGAGAGGAAAGGGGAGGGGACGGCAGGUCGAGGAGGGAGGGGACGCAGACGGAGGACGCCAACCCGACAAGAAGAAAAAACAGCAGCAGAGGAAGAGGAAGGAGAAGGUGGCGGAGGAGCAGGAGGAGGUGGAGGAAGUGAGGAAGAUGGCGGUGAGGGUUCUGCACGUUUCAGACGCCCCCACAGCUCUCACAGUGCAAGUGAGCGCUGACGUGAAAGACGUCCGGCCGUACCUGGUGUGCUGUUUGGUCAAAGGCAUGAACCUGAAGCCUGGGAAUUCCCUGAAACGCUUUUUGAUGGCUCAGACGAAGCUCCAUGAGGACUUGUGUGGCAAAAGAACCAUUGCAACCAUCGCCACUCAUGACGCGGAGCUCCUCAAAGGGCCGCUCGUAUACGGCGUCAGAACCCCGACGCAGCUGAAGAUUGUUCCUCUGGGUCGGAGGGAGAUGACAGCAGUGGAGCUGAUCAGACUUCUUCACCUAGAGGCGGACGAGCUGAGGAAGCAGAAGAAACGGCAGAACGUCACAGGCCUUCACAAAUAUCUGCAGCUUCUGCAGGGGAAAUCACAGUAUCCCUGCCUGGUUGAUGCAGAGGGAGAUGUGAUCUCAUUCCCUCCCAUCACCAACAGCGAGAAGACUAAGAUCAAGAAGACGACCAAGGAAUUGUUCUUAGAAGUAACUAGUGGAACCAGCCUGCAGACCUGCAAGGAUAUCAUGGACGCUCUUAUUGUGAAAAUGGCAGAGUUGAACAAGUUCACCGCAGAGCACCAGGAGGAGGCGGGGUCAGACGUGGAAAGUGACGCUGCACCAAAUCCCUCCUCCAGCACAGAAACGUCCAGCCAGCUGGUCAUCCAGCAGCUCCGCACGACGGACCAAGACGGGAACCUGAAGGUGGUUUAUCCAUCCAAGACCGACCUGUCUGACAACAUCAACAAUCUGACGGUCAUCUGGUAGCUGUAGUUUUUCUGGAAUCAUUUCAAAUGUAAUUACAACCGUGUAUGAGAGCCACAAUAAAUGAAAAUGAAUAAAUA